AUGGCUAUCAUUUGUACGGUUCGUACAACAUUCCUUUUGCUUAUUUCCUGCCAUAUUUUAAUUACUCUGAGCCAAGCUGUGCUAUCAUACGAGCCACAGAUAAGUUAUUUCGACGGUGCAAGCUACUUAGAUAACUGUAAGUCAAAACUGGAACGACGUGUAACUGCUCUGUCUGGUUUAUUGAUAUCACAUCAAUUAUACGGAAGCAUUCCGUAUAAUGCAUCCAAGAAUUGCUUUCUGCUGAUAACGGCACCAUCUGGUUAUCGUAUACGCUUACGUGUGCUUGAUUUCAAUGUGCUUGGUGAUGCUCAUAACUGUGAUAAGGAUACGCUCCAUGUUUUUGAUCAUGAAAAACCAAUUGAUCCGCAGACUUUACGAGAUGCAACCCAAGAAGACACUUCACCCGGACCCAUACUUGGCCAAUUUUGCGGUACCAUUCGAAAUGCUAGUGAAUUGGCCGUUUCAACAGAGAAUGCAUUAACGCUUUGGUGGCAUACGGAUGCCGAAUUACCAUUUCAUCAUAAUGGUGAAGGAUUUCGAUUACUUUGGUCCGCAUUUCGAAAAUCAAAUAUUGCACCAUGUAAUGCCCAACGGGAAUUCACAUGCAAGAAUCAAGAAUGUAUUGCUGCAGAACUUGCAUGCAAUCGAUAUCCAGACUGCAAGGAUGAAUCCGAUUUGAUACGCGAACUGCAAAUUGCUCACAAAUGCGACUUUUUGACUAAUGACCCAUUGGGUUCAUUAACCGGUUUGACGCUCUUACUUAUCAGUAUGGCUGCUGUAAGUUUAUCCGCAUGUCUAUGCAUAUGUGCAUGCAUAUGCUGCAAAUGCAUGAAAACUCCGGAUAAAGCCUGCACUACUACAACUACAGAAUUACCCAUUGAACGAACUCCAUGCUGUACUGCAAUAGAUGCCACCGGAUUGCAACAGUCAACAUCUCCUGGAUUUUAUCCACCAUCUCCAUCAAUUAUGUCACAACUAGUGGGAAAAAAAAUUCAACAAAAGGCUACUAUGAAUGGAUGGAACUGGACAACGGACACAACCGUAGAUCAGAGAUAUGAGCCAUUGAAUGUUCUCGCAGGUCAGCUGUCGGGCGAUUUGGAUUGCAAACACCCUGUUGUUUCGGGACACGACCUUAUCAAUAAACUGCAUCAUGAUGGCAGUUUCACAAGUAAGCAAAGAGCAUCAUAUUCACAUUUACUUAUUACUUCAUCCAGUGAAUACGGUAAUACACCAGUGCAAAAGAAUAAUGAUUGCAUGUAUGUAAAGAAUGAAUCACGACAUCUGUUGAUAUAUUAA